UUCAGAUAUUGAGAUAAUUAAACUUGUUAUUGAUCGUAUGGAUGGAAACCAUUGCUAUCAUGAUGUAAGGGAAUUCUCAAUUUCCGAAGCUUUAGUACACGCUGUUUAGUAUAUAUUCUAGCUGUAUGGUUAAUACUUAGGGCACAUCUCAUACAACUUCCUCAAUUGAUUCUUCUCAUAUUUGUGUUGCGUUAGACAUCCGUGAAGCAAAUAAGAAAGUUGCUGAAGAGCUAAUGGGACUUGAACCUGAAGACGCCCUAAGGAAUCCAAGAUAGAAGACAAGUUCGAGACGCCUUGGGAGAAUGUCAAAAUCAUUGUUCCAUAUCAAGAGGAUAGGAGACCGAGGAUUUGGAGAAAUGAAAAGAGUAUCAAGAAGAUUGACAAGCUGGAAAUGAGUGGUUUGCAACAUCUUGAAGGAACUGCUGCUUCCGGUCACAUAUGGAUGCUGAGAAAUAUGUCUGUAGAUCAGAAUGAUCCUUAUGGACAUCGUGAGCGACUGAAGAAACAUUCUGAUUCUCUAUUCAUUGGAAUCCACUCAGUGGAAAUUCAUAGCUGUGGAUUGGUGAAAAAUCUUGUGAUCGAGUUUGAGCGAUAAAAAGGAGUUGUACAAAGAGUUUCAGAAGCUGAUCUCUACCAUGUUGUUCCUGCCGAUCUUAUACAGCUUUUCUAUGAAUACAGGAACAUGAGAUUCAGCGAAGUUCCUCAAAAUGAAAAAGAACUAGGCCUCAAUGUCAUCAAGAGAUUUAUGAUGCGACAAGUCAAGUAUUAUUCUCUAUUUGAUUUACAAAUGGGCAUUGAGAGCAACUACAAAAAAGUGAAUCUUUAUGCUCGAAGAAAUAGAGCUCCGUGGAUCGAGAACCUAGAUGAAGGCACCAUCACAACACAUUCGGAGACCGGACUCAUUUAUAGAGAUUACAAAGGUGUGAAGCGUAUCUUGCUCCUGGAAGAAAUUCAUAAGUACUGUGAUGGAAUGCUCAGAAUCAUAGAAGAACAUCUGGAAGAAUCCGCGCUGAAAUUGAAGAAUUCUGAGAAUCCAGAUGACCUCAUCUAGAUUGCUCUCAUUGGAGAUUUUGCCGAACCCAUAGGAGUUAGACUUGAUUUCAGAAGAACUUUCAGACAUUAUGAAGUCAUCCUAGGCUACCGGAAGUCAUUGUACAAGACUCAAAAAUGACUCGUGUUUCAUCGACGAUUGAACACAAAGGGGGAGAAUGUUAGAAUAUUAUUUAUUGUGUUCAAUUUAUUUGUAAUUUAUUUAAUGAAUCUUUGUAAUUAAUUAGAUUAAUUGACAGAGAAUUAGGCCCAAUUAUAAGUGCUCUAAUAAGCCCACACGCCUAAGCUGCUUCCAAAUUGUAAUAGGGCUGGUCGAGUCUCUCACCUAUAAAUACAGACUGAGAUGGCUCGAAAAAGCUCUAAGUCUCUACACAUUCUCUUUCCGCAUAUUAUUCUCGUAGAGCACGUAGACUAGAAAUUCUCUCUCUCUAAUACGUUCGAAUACCGUGUAUUGUUCUUCACUGAAUCAUCAUUAUGGAUUCACAGUAUAUGUUGAUGCUGAAUUUCUCUUCUACCGUUUAAAUUCUUUGUAUUAUUCGAC